AUGUCCCACGUACUGACUCUCCCCCAAAAUGAACCACCCACCACCCCACCCCACGACGCAGGCGAAUCCGCCCAAACCAAAGCAGCAACCCACCUCGAACACCUAGCCCGCUCCUUCACCGCCGCCAUCAACGCCCGCGACUUCAACCCCGAAUCCGUCGGCUGGUCCUUCCUCAGCACAAUUCUCAACGUCGUCAUGGCGCACCCACCCGCCGGCCACGACAAGCCCAUCAGCCGCGACGUCUUUCGACAACGGCUUCAGCACUAUGCAGAGAGCAGUCCUACCUUCCAUGAGCGUGUCAUUGAUGUGACGGCACAGGUUGAUAGGUAUUGUAUGACGGGAGGGUGUUGA